ACAAUCUCUCUCUCUCUCUCUCCACGUAUACACAGAGAAGCUGAAGAGACAAGACCGCAAUGGCGGAGAACGGACGAAGCCCGCGCAUUGCCCAAGGGGCGGCGCAGAAGAGAGCUGCGGAUGCGAGAGGCGAUGCUGAACAGGAGCCAGCGGCGACGAAAAGGAAGAGGGUGCCGCUCGGAGAUAUCACCAAUCUAUCCAGCCCGAUCGUCCCGGCGAAACGAGGCGGCGCCGCCGCCGCGACGAAGACCAAAGUCGAGGCCAUCGGCGUGUCAAGGUCCGCCGCAUCCGCUCUUUCAACGGUGACAGGGGAGGGCGGCGACCGCAAAAUUGGUCCACCGACAUCAUGCGGAGAUUAUGUUUCCGACAUCUUUCGCUACCUUCGCAACAUGGAGAUGGAGCCAAAGAGGAGACCAUUGCCUGAUUACAUUGGGAAAGUUCAGAAUGAUAUGACUCCCAACAUGAGAGGGAAAUUGGUGGACUGGUUGGUGGGAGUUGCGGAGAAGUACCAUCUUCUUUCAGACACGCUCUAUCUCUCCAUCUCUUACAUUGAUAGGUUCUUAUCUUUCAAUGCUUUGACUAGCCAAAAGCUCCAGCUACUUGGUGUUUCCGCAAUGCUCAUUUCCUCAAAGUACGAAGAAAUCAACCCUCCUCAUGUAGAAGAUUUCUGUAACAUAACAGACAACAGUUAUACUAAGGAAGAGGUGGUUCGAAUGGAGGAUGAUAUAUUGAAGGCUCUGGAGUUUGAAUUGGGCAAUCCCACAACAAGGACAUUCCUAAGAAGAUUUGGCACAGUUGCUCAAGAAGGUCACAAGACUAUGAAUCUGAAACUGGAGUUCUUGGGCUACUACCUUGCCGAGCUAAGUUUGUUGGAUUACGCCUGCGUGAAAUUCUUGCCAUCUGUUGUUGCUGCAUCUGUCACAUUCUUAGCAAGAUAUAUAGUGCGGCCAGAAACUCUUCCCUGGACUUCAAGCCUGCAGAGGUAUUCAGGGUACAACGUGAAGGACCUGAAAGAGUGCGUUCAGAUCAUACAUGACUUGUACCUGGGGAGAAGAGGAGGCUCCUUGCAAGCUGUACGAGAAAAAUACAGGCAGCACAAGUUUAAACGGGUAGCUGUCAUGCCUGCUCCUCCACACAUACCAGCUUCUUAUUUCGAAGAUGUGCAGGAGUGAUCAAGCACAUGUUGGGCUGCGUAUGUACUCGUGAACCGAUAGAAUUUUACUGGAUAUGGCAGCAAAUAUUUGCAUUUUAGCUAUGCACCAAGCAAGUGACAAGCGGACAAGGACCGCGGCAUGUUGCUAGUCAUACCAGAAAAUGCGGACGAUGAAAACUACGUUGUCUGUAAUUCAAGGAGUUGCUACCAUUAAUUUGUAGAGUUUUCCAUGAGUAAGAUUUGCUUUGAUUUCGUUGGCAAACAAAUUGCAUUCGGUUGACGUAGAAGUCGUUUGAUUCUGCUGAUUGCUUCGAAGUCGGCAACGAAAAGACUCAUGAUCUGGUCCCCGGGGAGGUAAGUCCCUCAAAUCUUGUUCUAAAUAUUGAUUAAAGUCGACUUUCCUUCACUGCUAUCACAGGUGAAAACUGUCUGAUUCUGUGCUUUGUGAAGGAGUUACUCAGCAGCUACAGAUGCUCUACGAGCUUGUUAAACACCCGGCUUGUGAUUUUCGACUGUUUGGGUCGAUCCACAUGCUUAAAUUUUCCCCGUGUCAUCACCGUCCAAGAAGGCCAGUGCCAACUCAAACCUCUUCAAAAGCCAAAUGAAACCGUCUUUCAGAUUCUUGAGAUUGUCCAUACUUUUAAUUCCUGAAUAGCGGAGAUUACAAUAGU